AUGAAUAACAUUUCUGGACAGUUCCGUAAAACAAUGUGGGAUCCAUUUCUUAUAAUAUCUCAAAUAAUUGCUAUACAAACUGUGAUGUACUUUUGUCUUGGAUUAUGGAUUUGGAUUGUUGCAUCAUUCAUAGGAUCCACAAAGUCAUUAGACUAUGCUUUUCAUUAUAAACAAAUACAUGUUAGAGAUUUUGCUGGUCAGUUUAUUAUAAUUAUUUUCAUUUUAAAUGCAUUGAUUGGAGCAAUUGCAUUAUGGUGGUUAGUACAGAGAACAAAACAAUGUAUGGACUUUGCUUGUACUGCGCAUUUAAUACAUUUAUUGUGUUGCUGGAUAUACAAUGCAAGUUUUCCAUCAACAUUUAGUUGGUGGUGUUUAAACAUCAUAUCUUUAAGUAUAAUGUGUGUUUGUGGUGAAUUUCUUUGUAUGAAAACUGAAUUACAAGCAAUACCACUAAGUAUGAACAGUCAGAAAACAGCCCUGUAAAAAUUUGUUGUCAAACUGAUCUUUACUAAAUCAUUUCAGAUUAAAAAGUUUAAGGUAG